GCUGCCGGUCUCUCUCUCUCUCUCUCUCUCUCUCUCUCUCUCUCUCUCUCUCUCUCUCUCUCUCUCUCUCUCUCUCCCACACACACACACACACAUACACACACACACACACACACAUACACACACACACACACGCGCGCACACUGCUGGAUACAUUAAAAGUCGAGAGAGGCAGCUGGAUGAUGUCACAUCCGUGAAGAAGGGUCACUAUUACCUAAACGCAGGGAGGAUUUUUGCUGCUUGCAUGCCCACAAACUUUUUGUACCUCUCGUGCAGUGACGACAUUGUACCCCGCUGCCCACAUGGCAUGCGUAACGGGGACGAGUGUAUGGAUGUGCCCCCCUCCUCCCCAGGAAGCCGUGGUUUUUACCAGCGCGUAGUGGACGAGGUGGAGCCGACGGGAAGAAACUUGCGUGAAAAUUGUUGUCACCGUCGCGCAGGAGGAGGUGGAGGAGGGAAAACAUUGUAGCACCCGACACAAUGUGGUCGCUGUCCGUGGUCCUGAACCCGCUGCUGUUCCUGCUGCUGAUCGUAUACUGCCCUUCAGUGACCAUCAGGCCAAAAGAGGGGUGGCAGGUGUACAGCUCAGCUCAAGAUGCAGAUGGGCGUUGUAUCUGCACCGUGGUGGCACCUGAACAGAAUCUGUGCUCUAGAGAUGCCAAAGGCAGACAGCUUCGCCAGCUACUGGAGAAGGUGCAGAACAUGUCACAGUCAAUCGAGGUGCUGAACCUGCGGACGCAGAGGGACUUUCAGUACAUCAUGAGGAUGGAGAGCCAGAUCAAAGGACUGCGGUCAAAGUUUCGACAGAUCGAGUCUGACAGGAAGACGCUCGUCAACAAAAACUUUCAGGAGCUAAAGGGAAAGAUGGAAUCCCUGCAGCCGCUGAUCCCUGUCCUGGAGCAAUACAAGACAGACGCCAAGCUCAUCUCCCAGUUCAAAGAGGAGAUCAGGAACCUGUCUGCAGUGUUGAUGAGCAUCCAGGAGGAAAUGGGAGCCUACGACUACGAGGAGCUGCAACAGAGGGUCCUGAACCUGGAAAAUCGGCUCCGCAACUGCAUGAGCAAACUCACAUGUGGCAAGCUAAUGAAGAUCACUGGGCCGCUGACUGUGAAAACUUCAGGGACCAGAUUUGGAGCCUGGAUGACCGACCCACAGGCGCCUCCCAAAAACAACAGGGUCUGGUACAUGGACAGCUACACCAACAACAAGAUAGUGAAAGAGUAUAAAUCCAUCGCUGAUUUUGUGGCCGGAGUCGAGUCGAGAACCUACAACCUGCCGUUCAAAUGGGCUGGAACCGACCACGUGGUGUACAACGGCUCUCUGUACUACAACAAGAUGCAGAGCAACAUCAUAGUGAGGUACAGUUUCGAGACGGGUCGCGUGGUCACCCAGAGGGCCCUCGAGUCAGCGGGGUUCCACAACGUGUACCCGUACACCUGGGGAGGCUUCUCCGACAUUGACCUGAUGGCGGACGAGCUGGGCCUGUGGGCCGUGUACGCGACCAACCAGAACGCCGGGAACAUCGUCAUCAGCCAGCUGAACACGGACACGCUGCAGAUCCUCAACACGUGGAACACAGAAUACUCAAAGAGGAACGCCGGCGAGUCUUUUAUGAUCUGCGGGACGCUCUACAUCACCAACUCCCACCUGACCGGCGCCAAGGUGUACUACGCUUACUCCACUAAAACCUCCACAUACGAGUACACAGACAUUCCCUUUCAUAACCAGUACUUCCACAUGUCUAUGUUGGACUACAACGCCAGGGACCGCGCCCUCUACGGCUGGAACAACGGCCACCAGGUUCUGUUCAACGUUACACUUUUCCACAUCAUUAAAACCGAAGACGACUCUUAAGCGGAGGGACACACUGUAACCUGCGCACAUGGGAAAAAAUGGGUGGUUGACCCCCUGAAUGUUCGAAUAAAUGUCAUUACAUAUUUAUUUAUUUAAUUAAUUUGGGGGAUUUUUAUUCACUUUUAUUUACGUCACCUUGAUAUUUGCCUAUUUUUUUAUAUGAAGAGUUAUUCCUCAUGUGUAAACGUGACACUUUCUCUUCAACAAUAAAUGGACGCAUAGAUUAAAACACGUUCGGUGCAUUAUGAAACAAAUAUUUUCAAUUUAAUAAUAGCACUUUUACUUAGCAACGCUCAGAAACGCUGAACAAUACAAUUCCAGUAAUUUCGUUUUUUCUCUCCAAAUUUAAAGCUUUUUUCCCCAAAAAAUGAAGUCUUCAUAUUUAUAAUGAUUUCUAUUCAGUAUUUCAUUUUAUUUAAGCCUCCUAAUUUAUUCACAUUUUCACUAAUUGCUCGUUUUGUUUCCUUUCUUUCCUCGCCAUUUAUUCAUCAUCAUCUUGCUCAUUUAUUCCUGCCUUUCACUGCCUCCAUUUAGCCUUCAAUUUGUCUUUUUACUUCUCCUUUCAAAGGUUUGUUCACUUGACCUUGUACAUGACAAUGAGAAAUGUGGUAAACCAUAAUAACACACCUGUAUAGUUACUGUACAUGGCUUUUAUUGUAUCUAUGACGAUUCUCAGUCAUCCACGUCAUAGGUAUGUCUUGAAGUUCUAAGUCAAAGUACUUCCUCCUUUAAUUUAGUACUUUUUGUAACUUUGUAUGCCUUAUUCAGUGCGGUACGUUCUGUAAGCCCAAGGAUAGCAGCUCUCGUGCAUGAAUGUUGGCUAUCCUAAUAGCAUUUUUACAGUAACUGUAUAUCUGUGUAUUUUGUAUCUGCACAUCAUUCUCCUCCUCUCUCGCUAUAUUAAUGGUAAAAAAAAAAAAAAUCCAUUUAUACGGACAACUGUAGACUUUAAAAUCGGCAUUCAUUGUGUAAAUAAGAAGUACAAAUAAAAUAAAAGUAUUGUUUUCUGCGUAUCAGUGUU